UUCCUCUCCUGUCAGGAUGGGUGUGAUACAGCUUCCCAACUUGUCUAGGAUCCUGUGUUUUUCUUUUCACAUUAUUCUCAUUCUGCUUCAACGGACUACUGCAGCACGAGAACUGAAGUUUGUGGUUGUACUUUUCCGACAUGGUGACCGAACACCAAUUGUGAACUUUCCAACUGAUCUACACAAAGAAAGUGAAUGGCCCCAGGGAUUUGGACAGCUCACCAAGACUGGAAUGCAGCAGCUAUUUGAACUUGGACAGUACAUGAGGAAACGAUAUUCCAGCUUCUUGAACAGCACAUACAACAGGCAAGAGUUUUACAUCCAAAGUACAGAUUAUGAUCGCACCAUUAUGAGUGCCCAGUCAUAUCUUUCUGGCCUCUUUCCACCAACUAGCAGCCAAAUUUGGAACCCUGAUCUUCUCUGGCAACCCAUUCCAGUCCACAUUUUUCAUAAAACAGCAGAGCAGAGGCUGAACUUCCCUCUGCCCAACUGUCCCCGUUUUGAUGAACUCCAGCAUGAAACACAAACAUCUAAAGAAUUUCAAAGUAGAAUACAACCAUACAUGGAUUUUUUGCAAACAAUGGCAGUUAACACAGGGCUUGAACUAAAUCACCUUAAAAUACUGGACAAUUUCCAGCUCUGGAAUACAUAUGACACUCUUCAUUGUGAGGAUAUUCAUAAUUACACUCUCCCUGUAUGGGCCACUAAAGAUGUAAUCAACAAGAUGGAAAAACUGGCAGAAUUGGCUUUACUCUCAUUAUUUGGGGUUUAUAAAACAGAAGAGAAAUCACGGCUACAAGGAGGUGUCCUUGUGGAUAUUAUUUUAAACAGUAUUAAACAAGCUGCCAAUUCUUCAAAACCAACAAAAAUGGAGGUCUACUCUGCACAUGACACCACAGUUGGGGCUCUCCAGAUUGCUCUCAAUAUUUUCAAUGGAAAACUGCCACCAUAUGCUGCUUGCCAGUUUUUUGAACUCUACCAAGAAAGCAAUGGGCAAUAUAGCAUCGAAAUGCAUUAUCGGAACGACACUUCAAAGGAUCCUUAUCUCCUCACUUUGCCAGGGUGCACCUCUUCUUGCCCACUUGAGAAGUUCGCUGAACUAGUUUCUCCUGUGAUUACAGAAAACUGGUCAAAAGAAUGUGGGAAGAAAGACAAAAUGAAAGAUAUUUUUAUCGGAUUUAAUGUUGCUGUUGGCUUCUUGUCCCUUUUUAACCUUGUACUGCUCUACCUCCUUUAUCAUUAUGGAAGCUGCAGGAGCAGAAACAGCUACCAAGACAUUUAA